UAUGCGGAAGUGAUGGGAUCCAUCACUGACUGCCAGACAGUAGGCUGCAGGAACCGUCAGGCUCGUUUAGCAUAGAGGACUGUUACAUUGUAUUCGUGCAAAAACGUUUAGUUUAUCAUCAGACGCGGAAUAAAUUGCCUUCAUCAUGUCAAAGAAUACAGUGUCCGACCGUUUCAGGAAAGUGGAUGUGGAUGAAUACGACGAGAAUAAGUUUGUAGACGAAGAAGAGGGAGGAGAAAACCAGCUGGGUCCAGAUGAGGCAGAGGUGGAUUCUCUCAUCAGACAAGGGAAUCUCAUGGGUGCCCUGCAGGCAGUAUUAAAAAAUCCACCAAUGAACACAAAGAAUCAGAACGUCAAGGAUCGUGCUGAAGGUCUGGUGCUGAAGGUGCUCAGCGCCUUCAAGAGUACUGACAUAGAGAAGGGAGUUCAGUCUCUGGAUAAGAAUGGAGUGGACCUGCUCAUGAAAUACAUCUACAAGGGCUUUGAGCGGCCGUCUGAGAACAGCAGCGCAGUCCUGCUGCAGUGGCAUGAAAAGGCUCUCUCUGCAGGUGGAGUGGGCUGCAUUGUGAGAGUCCUAACAGCCAGGAAAACAGUGUAAACUGCAAGCAGAUUAGCACAGCACACAGAAAAAACAACAACAACCCAGUAGCGGGAAAUCCUGCCGAGACACUCAGAACAAAGCGAUGACUUUCCACAGGAGACUCAAGAGGACCUCUCAUCUAAUUUCAAUGCGUGACCUCACCUUCUUCUGUCAUAUCACUCUUCACUCACCGUGCCAUCAGCUGUAUGUUAAACUUACCGUAGCUUCUCUCAGGAAUACUUUUCUAUGCUCUUCUGUAUUGUAUUCAGCAAUUCUGAAUACAAGGGGCUUGUUGGAGUUUUGUAAAAUCUUAAGUUUGCUAUAACCUUUUAUUAUUGAUAGCAAUUUACUCGCCACUCUUCUUCAAGAGAAAUGGCCAUGUAACCUCUAUUAUCUUAGUGUGUGAAUGGCUUGAAAUGAACAGUCGCAGACAGGUCGGUGUGUCUUACUGGCACUACGUCUGUCCACAUCGACUGUCGGAUUAUGAAUAAUACUCUUCGGUGCAUUAAACCAUUCCGUCACUGAUCCCCUCUCGUUUGUUCUAAAUCACCAGGCGUUAUCCCAUAGUAUUUAUUUUUUCAUAACCAAAGCGCAUUAGCUCUUAUACUCGUAUAAGACGUAAAGUAACAUUGCCGAUCUUGUGCAUCAUCUGAAACAGCUGUUUGAUUUUCAUAGUAGAUGAAGUCAUCUCACUAAUUCGUGACUUUCACUAAUGCUGUUGUAAUGUAUUAAUGUCUUAAUGUAUCUGUUUCAGCAUUCCAAAGCACUUAUUGCCGUGGACCAUUGUUAUCGUAUGUGUCAGAAUGCAUAUGUCUGUAUCCAUUGUAUAUCAGGAGGUGUUUUUUAAGCCAACUGUGUUGAAUACUUGCCUCAAAGCAUGAUCCAGUCUGAUCUGAGACAUAUCAUCUGAUCAGGGACCUGCCUCUACAAUGCAGUAAUACAGAAUGACAAAAUGCAAACACUCAAUAAACCAAACCGGUAUAAUGACUGCCUUACAAAAUAUUCCUUUUUAAUGUUUGUGCUUUUCUGAUAUAACAAUAAAUUGUUAAAUAUAUAUCUGA